UAUCUCCCCGCAGGGAUUGCAAUGGGGCGUUUAGCAGCCUAGGGUAAAAGGGAUUUUUAAAAGGGUCGUCGCUGCGUUUAAUGUUUCCAAAACGGAGGAAAAGAGGGAGCGGCCACAGGGCUAAGAGGGAGUGGUUCCGUCAGGCGCAGAUCCGGAACCGAGACACCCGCGGGUUGGUACUUCCCGAACGAGGGGCGGGGAUAAUCGGGAAUUUCUCGAGAAAACCUGCACUUUCGCUUUCUGCUGGGUUGCAAUCAGCGAAAAAGGCGACAGAGUCCAGAUCCUUUAAGAACCUGAGUGUCUGGAGGCUCCUAACCACUGUUUAAGUUGGUGUGCCUUGUUUCUCCUCCAUAGAACAUCAAUUAUGGAUCGAUGUGGCCUUCUCACAUCCUUUAAAGUGCCAGUGCCUUUGAAAAGCAUUUCUGUGGAUGUCAUUAUACGAGGUUUCGUGGCUGACGUAGUAUCAGAACUUCAGUACCAGAAUGAGGAAAAGAAUCCAGUGGAGGCCACCUUUGUCUUCCCUCUGGAUGAUGAAGCCGCAGUCUAUGCCUUUGAAGGUCUGAUCUGUGGCACACGGAUUGAGGCCCAGAUCCGAGAGAAGAAGCAGGCAGAGCAAGAAUACGAAGAUGCCCUGAGCGAAGGCCGCCAGGCUUUCCUGCUUGAGAGAGAAAAAAAUACCAGUGACAUUUUCAUGUGUAACCUGGGCAAUCUUCCUCCUGGUGGGGAAGCCACACUGAAACUGCGCUAUGUUCAAGCACUACCAGUGGAACCAGAUGAUGCCGUCCGUUUUGUCCUGCCAGCUGUCUUGAACCCCCGCUAUGUUCCUGCAGCAGGCUCAGAAGGGAGCACUGUUUUCCAGCAGAUACCACGAGUGUCCAAAGAAGCUCUGCCUUACACCCUCAGCCUCAGUGCCAAGGUGGAGUCCCAGUAUGGCAUCAACCGGGUGGACUCAAAAUGCAGUCUUAUACAAAAUAUGUCAGAGGAUCGCACUGCUGCCCAGGUGUCCCUGGCUGAAGGGCACCAAUUUGACCGUGAUGUGGAAUUGCUGAUAUAUUAUGAAGAUGUGCACAAGACCAGUGCCAUUUUAGAGACUGGGAAAUCUGGAGCUGCCCCAGGUUCACUGAUGGGAGACCCAGCCCUCCUGCUAAGCCUGUACCCAAACAUUCCAGCUGCCAAAGCAGAUCAGGGUGUUCUUGGAGAGUUUAUCUUCCUGCUGGAUCGCUCUGGCAGCAUGGGUAGCACCAUGGGUAACAGUUUUGGCUCACAGUCACGCAUCGAGAGUGCUAAGGAGACCUUGAUUUUCUUGCUAAAGAGUCUCCCUCUGGGAUGUUAUUUCAACAUCUAUGGCUUUGGCUCUACUUAUGAUUCAUUUUACCCGCAGAGUGUUAAGUACACCCAGGAGACUAUGGAUACAUCUGUCCAACGUGUGAAGGAGUUGCGUUGUGACUUGGGAGGAACAGAGAUUAUAAAACCCCUGAAGGCUGUUUACAGCCAGCCAUGCUUUGAAGGACAUCCUCGACAGAUCUUUGUGUUCACUGAUGGAGAAGUGUCCAAUACAGAUGAGGUCAUUGCUGAAGUUCAACGCUACAGUCACUUCCACAGGUGCUUCUCCUUUGGCAUUGGGGAAGGGGCUUCAACGGCUCUGGUCAAAGGCAUUGCUCGAGCUGCUGGAGGCAGUGCUGAAUUCAUCAGUGGCAAAGAACGCAUGCAGGCCAAGGCUUUGCAAAGUCUGAAGAAGGCCCUUCAUCCAGCAGUGUCAGGGAUCUCUCUGAAGUGGGAGUUGCCUUCAGGCCUUGAGGCCAAACUUGUGGGGUCAGGCCCUCAUGUCAUUUUCCAAGGUCACCGCUGCCUCAUCUAUGCCCAGAUCCGGGGCCAACUUCAGAUGUCAGGCUCCAUGGAGGGGACAGCCGUGAUUCAGUAUAAUUUCCAGAAUGAGACUCACAUAGAAACAACAAAGUUCUCACUCCAGCUUGAGAAGACAGACAGGCUCCCUGUUCACCGUCUGGCAGCUCAGGCGCUGUUGCAGGAAUUAGAAGAGGACAAGGAGAAGGUGGAGGAAAAACGGGUCCUGGCGCUAGAGACAAGCUUGAGCUCUGGGGUGGUGUGUUCCCAGACAGCUUACGUGGGUGUGAACAUGGAGCUGGGCAAGCCAGUUCAAGGACCUCUCCUCCACCGAAAUGUCCCCCUUCCAGACUCCGGAGGGGGCAGAGCACCUCAGCGGAGAGCGCUUCUCCUUAGGAGAAGGUACACAAAAGAGGCUCCUGGGAGCCUGGGAGCCCAGACCAGGUGCUUUCUUUCAGGCCUCCCAUCCAGAGGCCUCGCAGGAGCAGAGAUCGGCGGGAAGCCAAGAGAAAGCGCCUGGUCCGGGCACACAGCGCCCCAAUGUCAAGCUAGUUUGACAUCCCCCUACGUCGAUCCAGCAGACAAAACAGAAAAAGGGGGCGGAGAAAAACAGUCCAAUUGCCAAGCUUCAGGUUUGAUGAGCUCGCCAGCAACGAUGUUCUGCCUGGGAUCGUCACAUAAAAUUACACGCAACAUCCUUAAUUGUCCAGGUCCAUCUCUAGGAGCAAGUAUGUGUCAUUACCAGCAAGCUCCCACAUUAGAUCAUGGAAUAAGUUUUGGAUCGAAGCCGAGGCUGAGGCCGAAGAAAUGGAUACCACAAAAGGAAGUUGAUGUGAGAAAAUUACUCCACCCAGCAAAAGAUAAGAACGGAAACAGAACUAAGGAAGAAGAAUCUCCUCUUAUGAAGUUGGUAUCCUUGCAGAAUGCAGAUGGUUCCUGGCCUCAUGGGCCUGUCGUAGCCGCCAUAUUAGAGUUGACUGAAGCUGAGAUCUCAGGCAAAGCACCAGCCCAUGUGGCCUCAGAUAUAUGGGCAACAGUGCUGGCUGUUCUCUGGCUUCAUUUGACUGCUACAGAGCAGAAAGAUGAGUGGGAACUGCUGGAAAGAAAAGCUGUCCAUUGGCUCAAAGUGAACGCAGGAGAUCAACUGGCUAAGUGUGUGAAUGCUGGCAAUGAAGUUCUGGGAAGUAGAAUCAGCCCCAAGGUAUUUGGGCUCUAAGUUUACAGUGUCGUCCUAUGCCUGAAACUGGAACAUCUGCAUCUAUUCUGCUUCUAUUCCUGCUGAAAUGUAACCUGCUGCAACCUCCAUUAGAAUCUAUUAGUUCCUGGGUCGUCAUUCCCUUGAAAGUACCAAUGCCUUGCUUACAAACUCACUAAGUUCUAAUGCAUCACAAAUUGCUCUGUUGGUGCAUUGAUAUGCAAGCAUUCUAGGCAUAAAUGUAGCAAUAGCAUUUAGGCUUAUGUAUCACCCUGGAGAAAAACCUAAUGCUGGGAAAGAUUUGAGGGCAAAAGAAGAAAGGGACGACAGAGAAUAAGGUGGUUGGAUGGAGUCACUGAAGCAGUCGGCGUAAGCUUAAAUGGACUCCAGAGGAUGGUAGAGGACAGGAAGGCCUGGAGGAACGUUGUCCAUGGGGUCGCAAUGGGUCAGACAUGACUUCGCAACUAACAACAACAUAGCAUUUUACAAUACUCUCUGGGAGGUUUACAAUGUGGAAGCAUUAUUUGCAUAUUGCCCACAACAAUCUGGGUCCUCAUUUUAUCAGUCUUGGAAGGAUGGAUGGCUGAGACAGCCUUGAGCCCAUCAGGAUUGAACUCCAGGCUGUGGGCAGAAUUUGGCUGCAAUACUGCAUUCUAAACACUAUGCUACCAAUAGAUUUAUAUUUAUUCCAUUAUAUAUAUAUAUAUCCCCCCAAAAAAAAAAUCUCUUGAAAGAAUGAAAAUUAAGGCUGACACCUUUUUGCUUUAAUUUACAAUUUAAAGUUUAUAUUGGAUCAUAAAUAUGUAUGCGUCCUCCACUCCUUAAAAAUUAGGGAUCCAUUCCUAAUCCCAGCAAAGCCCUAGAUAGAUUCGUAAAUAAAUGAGAUUUUCACAGACCUGAGAGCGCAAUAAAGGAUUAAACACUUCUAGUUAAGAAUAAAAACCCCAGAUCAGUAUUAACCUCAGAUGAUAUUUAUGUCAAUUUUAUUAUGCUGACAGUAUAAAAUAAUGAAGGGGAUGCUUUCAAAAAAAGCGACUUUGGUGUGAUUAAGGCAUCGAGGAGAAAUCAGGAGGUUGUCUUGCUUCAGGCGCAAAACAUCUGGAUGACCUUGAAAUAGUCAUACUCUUUUAGUCUUAGAAAGCAGACAAUGGUAAACCACUGCUGAAAAACGGUACCAAAAAAAACCACCAAAAACAAACAAACUGCAGGGUCUACUUCCAAGCUUCACCAAAAGUCAACAAUAACUCAAAGGCACACACAUGCUUAGAAAUAUAAUAUGAGCUUCUAUCGCUAUUUUGUUGUUUGAUUUAAUAUCCAUAAAUAUGUUAAUAAAGUUUGGAAAUCAGAAAAUUUGAAAUAGUUUUAAAAUGUUGAAUUAUGCAUGAUUAUAUAUUAUCAAUAUAUAAAGAAUUUUGGAUUUAUUGAA